AUGCUUCGCUUCACCCCUCCUAUGGAAACAGUUGGUUUGGUCACUCUGACGACAAUUGCAGCCAGUAUGGAAUCAAGGUGGUCGUGUAGCUUCAAAUUAACAUCAACAACAACAACAACCCCUGCUUUUGUAAACCACACUUUUCCUUUGUCUGUGUCUGUAAAUGAUAAGACAAGAACAAGCUGCAGUUGCAGAGGGAGAGAUGAUGAUCCUCUGUCCACUUUCUCUGCUUACACCGUCCUGGGAGUCCAACCCAACUGCUCCGCCGCUGAAAUUAAAGCCGCUUUUCGAGCCAAAGUGAAGCAGUUUCACCCAGACGUCAACAGAGAUGAAAAUGAAACAUCGGAUGUUAUGAUUCGCCGUGUAAUUCAAGCAUACCAGAUACUAUCCAACUACACACCAUCGCAAAUUAUUGAAACGGAGUGCUUAGAUCCCUUUGAUAGACCAGAAUGUGAAGCUUUUGAUCUUUUUGUUAACGAGCUUCUUUGUGUCGGAAAAGCUUGUUCAAAUUCAUGUGUUGAAAGAGCAUCUCAUGCUUUCACAUUUGUCCCUUCUACUGGAACAGCACGCGCGUUUUCUCAAGAUCAAGGGGAAGAUUACCAAGUUCAGUGUGCUGUUGGACAAUGCCCUAGAAGUUGCAUUCACUAUGUAACCCCGUCACAGAGAAUUCUUUUGGAGGAGUUACUUCACAGUAUACUGGAUGUACCCUAUGAUACAUCAGCUGAGGCAGACUUGCUCUAUUCACUUAUAACCAAAGCUAAGUUUGAGAAUAACCGAUACCAAAAGCCAAAGAAGAAAACCAAUUUUUCAACCCAGCAUGUUGAUUGGUUUUAG